AUUGUGGCUGCCUUAUAAAUAUCCGUUUUUGCUGUGUUGGAGCUUGUGGCAUAUAAUUCGGGUUCAUUGAUUGUGUAAAACUUUCUUCAAAUUUUGCGAUUUGUUCACUUUGUUCUUCUUGUUUAUGAAUCAAUAUUUCUUGCAUAAAUCUACUUGCAAAUUCUUCAUUUUGAUCGACCCAACCUUGUUUUUCAUCAUCUCUGAUAUUAUUAUAUUCACAGUUUGCCUUUAUAACAUCAUUUAUCCAAUAAAAUUGAGAUGCAUCACGGAAUAUAUGUGGAAGAGUUUUAAAAAUUGCAUUUGGAAUAUUAUGAUCGAUAUAAAGUUUGUCUCGACUAUAAUAUAUAUAAUAAAAUAUGAGUAUUAAAAUUAGUAAAUUACAAUAAUAAUUAGAAUAAUU